CAUUUACGAGCUGUUCCAUUGUCAUUAAUGUCAUUGAUAAUUUCCCAAGGCAUUUAAAUUAGUUAAAUCGAUUUAUUGUCAAAAUUCAGUGAUUGAAAAUUAGACAAUUAAAUUAAUCCCAGUGAAAAACUUUAUUAAAGUUAAAAAUUGCUUUAUAGUGUUAUAAAUUAAACGUCAUUUUAAAAGAAAAAAGAAAAAAUGCCUUCAGAUUCGAGAAGCGUCUCUUUUACUUUUCAUCGGGAUUUUUUAAAUACCAAUAAUAUUGAGCCGACCAAGGGACGUAAAAGUUUACGAAGAAGAUUACAGGAUCGUUUCGAGGAUCAUGAUAAAUCGUCAAGCAGUUCGCUUGGAAAGGAAAAGGGUUUGAAAAAAAAGGAUAGUUCGGAUUCAGGAAAAAGUUGGCAUAACUUGAGUCUUGGAAAUGUAACAAACGAUUCUCGAAAAGCUCUACAAACUGGAGCCGAAAGAAUUUCGAAAACUUUAUCUAAUGUUAAAGUCACAUUCGGAAGCAUAUCACAGAGAUUUAAAAUUCCGACACGAAGACGUCAAAGACUGGAAGAACAAUUUACUCCCGAUAUUAAUGCAAUAAAAUCAGCGACUCCACAAACUCGUUCACGAGAUUUAUUAGGACGAACGCCAACAAAAUUGUACAGCCCUUUUGGUAUCGAAACACCAUUACGUGUUUGGGAUAAAGAAAAUGAUCCUUCUGAAUUAGGCGAUACGCCAAAAGCAUUUAAAAAUAGUAAGCACAAGAGAUUUUUUAAUUUUACAAAAAUCAACGGUUUUCGUAGCAUACGAUAAAAUGAAAGAAUCUCCAAAAAAGAAACAAAAUUUCUCAAAUUACAAAAAAAAAAAAAAACUAGUACCUAUAAGAAAUACUAGAUCUGAAUUUAAAAAAUAGUAUUCAACACUUCGAACAUUUGUAUAUAAGCAUUUUUAUACAUAUAUAUCAUUUAUGUAAUUUAUUUAAUAUUUUUCUAAUCAGGGUAUUUUUU